AUGCCUUCAGCAACGAUUUUGAGAAGACCCUCCGAUCUGGCUCACGAAUUGAUACGAACAGUGGCUGGGAAAUUGGGGAAAAACGUGCACAAAAAGCUGUUCUCAACGGUGCCACCACGAGAUGAGAGGAAGUGUCGAUCGACUGGUGACCUAGACGACCUGGACAUGCUCGCCGAACCGACCACUAGCCACUUGGCAAGCCCACUGCCAGCCCAUUUCGAUGAUUGUGACCGAGUGCCGAUGGAGUUUGGCCCGAACGGUGGCCGACUCUUGCCACAAACAAAAUCCACGAGAAAGAUGCUUGUUAGUGGAGAGCGACGAAAAUCGGACACAAUUCCCGCAUAUCAGCUUCACUAUGUGCAAACGUGGUUCUACCCAGAGUGCUCAGUGUCGAAAGUCGCUUCGAUUCUACAGCGCCACGGGAUGGAAGACGGCACAUUCAUCGUGCACUCGUGGGAAGGUCGACUGAUGAUUGCCGUUUGUGAUGAUCGCCAAAUUCUGCACAUCCCGAUCGCGAUUUCCUAUCGUCGCGGCUCGCCACGUUUCCGGAUUGAUCUUGACAAGACAUUCAGAAGUGUGGUCGAAUUGGUUGAAUACUAUUCUCAUCACAAGGGAUACGUUCUCGCGAGAAGUCUCACGCACGGCAUCGCGCGAAACUCUUGCAUCGAUAGAAGUGUUGACGCAAUUCUGAAAGAGAAGCGCACUUCAAUC